AUUCUGAAACCCAACCCAAGUAUCAUCCCCUUGGUAGCAACAGCAAGAAGGGAGGUUCCUCCAAAUUUCGUUCUGUUGGCUGCCCUUCUCUGUAUACACACGUCUGUCGGCGACGGCCUGAGUUCUUUGGUUCCCGGUUUUCUUCCCCACGAAGUGAAUCCUUGGUUGUCUCCUUGUCUUCUUCGUUCCGUCAGCGUUGUUUCGCUUUCAGUGUGGCUCCUGUGUCUUUCUCGUCUUCUUCGUGGUGAAGAGAAUUACCGUUUCUUCGCAACUUUCCAUCUUUCUCAGACCUGCGCACUGACUGCUUCGCCCUGCGUAGCCGCUCUGUCUGGCCAACUGUGAACCACCGGGAGAAAACAACGCGGCGGAAGUGUGGAAAGUGUAGAGAGCUCUGUUUAUACGAUCACGGGCAGAAAACGUCGGCUUUCAUUGCGGUGGAUGCGUGUUUAAGUCGCGAAAAUCCUCCGCAGACCUAGAAAGUAGUGGCCCCUGGGUCCUUUCUGUCUAGAAGCUCGCGAUUUCGUGUUUCGGCUUUCCCCUGCGACAACAUGGCGCUCCCUCUCUUGGCUUCCAGACGGUUGUUUUCCUCGUUUGUAUUUCGUGGUCAGCCAUCCACACUCUCGUCCAACCUCUCCCUUGUGAGAAUUCGAGGACUGCACGGAGGGUCUCUCUCCCCCCCCUCCGCCACCCUCCCUCGUGCUGUUCAGCUUUUCUCUUCUCGAAUCGCUUUCAGCACGGCCGCAGCGGAGGAUUCUGGUGCAAGCCAGACUCUGGAAGGCCGAUACGCUUCUGCUUUGUUUCGCGUGGCCAAGAAGAAGAAUCAGCUGGAGAAGGUCUACGGCGAUCUGGAGAGCGUGCGAAAUGCCCUCAAGGACAGCAGCGAAUUCCGUCUCUUUGUAGACAGCCCUGCGGUGUCUGUGCAGCAGAAGCUGGACGUGCUGCGACAACUCGUCAACCGCUAUAAAUUCGACCCCCUCACGGGCAACCUCCUCACGACUCUCGUUGAGAACAAAAGACUUCCCAUGCUUGCUCGGGUCGCCGACGCGUUUGACGCCAUGUACAGAAAAGAGAAGGGAGAAGUCAAGUGCCUUGUCACCAGCGCCAAGCCUUUAUCGGCACAACAACAGAAAGAGAUCGUCGCGGCGUUGCAAAAUAGAGCAGGAACCCAGGCGCGCCUUAUCAUCGACUAUGCUGUCAGCCCUCAGAUUAUGGGAGGCUUGGUUGUGCGCUUGGGCGAGCAGGUCCUCGACUUCAGUGUUGCUACGCGCCUCGAUCGCUUGCAGUCGCAGCUGCUGGCUCCUCUUUAA